AUGGGAGUUCAAGGUUUAUGGUCUUUACUGGAGCCUUCUGCCCGCCCCGUUCAAUUAGAGUCGCUGCGUAAUCGCAAAUUAGCAGUCGAUGCCAGUAUAUGGAUUCACCAAUUUAUGCGCACUAUGCGUGACAAGGAGGGCAAUGCUCUGCGAAAUGGGCAUCUUCUCGGCUUCUUCCGCCGUCUGUGCAAACUUCUUUUCUACAACAUUAAACCUGUGUUUGUUUUUGACGGUGGUGCCCCUGUUUUGAAGCGUUCAACCAUUCGAGAUCGCCGACGACGAAGGGAAGGAAUGGUGACGAAUUUGAAAAGGACUGCGGAAAAGAUAUUGAGCGCUCAAGUAAAAUCCCGAGUACUUAUGGAAGAGGAACGAAGGCGAGAAGGCGCAGCUGGGGACAGUGUGAAAGAGGAGAAUUAUGUGUACUUUGACGAGUUGGAAAAAUCGGCGGCUGUUGAAGAAUUACGGCAAAGACGGAAACGUGAUCAGUACGAGUUACCCACUAUCCCAGAAACCAGUGUGUCGGCUGGCGUUGAUCCUCGUUUGGCGACGAAAGAGGAAUUGAAAGAAUUUGUCGAAGAGUUCAAACCCGAGGAUUUGGAUAUGGAUUCGGAGACGUUCCAGGCCUUGCCGCCAGAGAUCCAGUAUGAGGUGAUUCAGGAUAUCAAACUUAAAUCAAGGCAGACUUCCUGGAAGCGCCUGGAUGAAAUGGUCAGAAAUUCAAAGAAUGCUUUGGAUUUCUCCAAACAACAAAUUAAACAACUUGCUUAUCGAAAUGAGAUGACGCAACGUUUACUGAAGAUGAACGAAGUCGCCAGCAAAAGCGAUUACCGGUCUGCUGUUCCAAGCCGUAUUGCCAGCGAACGUGGCCGAGAGUAUAUUCUAGUAAAAAACGAAAACAUCGAUCAAGGCCUCGGCUGGCGCUUACCAGGUCUGAGCACAGCUGAUAAGAACCAGGUGACCGAUCAAACCACAAAGUCGAGUACAAAUGUUGUGAAAGAUGUGAUGCCAGAGCCAGAAUCACUGGAAACAGGGACUUCUCAAGGGUCACUCUCAAGUCAAUCAGGUGAUAAGGUCAAAGAUGCUAUUGCGGCCAAUCCGGCAUUAGCUGCAUUAUUUGCUGACCUUAGCAGCGAAGAAGAAGAGGAAGACGAAACCGGGCAACCAAUCCAAGAACAAAGCAAUGAUCUGAACGAACAAGCGAUGGCUAUCAAAGACGAGUUCGUGCCGGAGCAGCGUCUGAUGAACGAUGAAACGAUGAAUGAGGAACCGCUAUUCAUGGAUUCACAUAAAGACGUGCUUAUGCAAGGCAGUUCGACAGUAGAGCCAGCCAUCGCUAGUGGCUCGUACAGUUCCAGCAAUGACGUAAAAUUACUGGAUGAUAUGCGUGCCUACGUUCACGACGAAGAGGCUAUCGACGACGUUAUCUCAAAGAUAUAUGGGUACGAAGAACAACAGCAUCACGAUCAGCCGACUUCGCCUGUUGUUUCUCCGUCACAUGAACUGAAUGAUUUGGCGUUAGAUCCUCAGGAUUAUCAUCAGCUGUGGCUUUCUCGAGUUCCGGAUGCGUUUGUCUACCUCCAUUCAUUCAACGACGAGUACAAAAAGAUCAUCUACGAUGCAAUCUUUGAGAAAUCGCCAGAAGUUCUUCGAGCAGAUAUCAAAUCCUUGGGAAAAGCAAGUGCCUAUGAUGAAUUAACGCAAGAGUCCUUGGCAUUUCGACAACGGUUUUUAGAAACCACAUACCAGUGGAAAUCAAGACAACUUGCUUUGGACAAUGCAACGAAUGAAGAACUGCCUCCCACAAAAGUCGAUACCCAGCAGGAAGCCUUGAUUCUCGAUGAUGAUGAGGAAGAGGAAGGUAUGCAAUUUCAAUUCAUGGAAACGGCUCCAGUAUCCCAGCAGGAAAAUGCAGUACCAGAAGACGUUCCCAAAGAUCCAAAAAUCGAUAUUACGCAAUCGACGCUUUCCUGGGCCACUGCAUCGCAAUCCUCUCAACCCUCGAACUUUCAGGCGGACGAGGAAUCGGCGAAAAUGGAUACAUCUUUGCCGAAACCGGAUAGCCAUGGGUUAGUGUCGGGAUCUCAAGGUACCGAGCAAUCCCUUUCUUCUGGAAUGGAGAUGGAAAUGGAAAACGAACCUGCAUCGCCAAUUAUCAGCAAAGUCAAUCAAAACGUAAAAGACGACCCGGUGCCGACAAGCAACAAUGUUGCCGAAUCGAUUACAGAAGAGGAGCCUGAAUUGACAGAUAAAGGCAAAAUCGGAUUGAAUAUAAAAGACGAGCCGGUCUCGACAAGCAACGACAAUGCCGAACUGGCAGGCAAAGGCCAAGUCGAAUGGAACGUAAGAGAAGAGGCGGUACCGACAGGCAACAGCGACGCCGAAUUGAAUGUGGAAGACGAGCCAGUGGAUAUGUUGCAUCAAACUACGGCUGAGAAUCGGGUGUUUGAUGUGCCAUCGCGAGAUCCGACGCCCGCAGAGGUUCUUUCAAAUGAAAAUGAGGCGCAAACCUACGUUCAGAGUGUGGAGAACCAAAUUGAGGAACAAGAGGUAGCUGAACCUCAAGGGUAUAAUUCCGAUGAAGAAGUGUUGCAUGAUGUAGCAGGGGAAGAAAACGAGUAUGCCCGCUUCAUCUCCUCCAUUGCCGAUAAAGACAUCCAGAGUGUUCGCGAAGAAUUGUACCGUGAUAUGAAAGAACUGAACAAACAGCAACGAAAGGAAAUGGGCAAUACCGACGAUAUCACUCAGCAAAUGGUUCAAGAUAUUCAGGAACUCUUGCGACUGUUUGGUAUUCCCUACAUGAUAUCACCCAUGGAAGCUGAAGCUCAGUGUGCGGAGUUGCUCCGAUUGUCGUUGAUCGAAGGAGUGGUCACUGAUGAUUCCGAUGUAUUUCUCUUUGGCGCUUCUCGCGUCUACAAAAACAUGUUUAAUCAGCAGAAAUACGUGGAAUGUUACGUUGCACAGGACGUGGAACGGGAAAUGCAAUUGGACCGAAAGAAGUUGAUUCAAUUGGCCUUUUUACUCGGCAGCGAUUACACAGAUGGAAUUCCCGGCGUCGGUCCGGUAGCUGCCAUGGAGAUCCUCGACGAAUUUCACGAUCCCAACGACGACAAGCUGGAAGCCCCACUUGAAAAAUUUCGCGCUUGGUACGAAAGUAAAGAAGACCACACAGAUUUUCAGCGUCGAUUUCGAAAACGACACAAGGAUCUGGAAAUUCCAGAAGACUUUCCCAGCCCUCUUGUCAAAGAAGCGUACUAUCACCCCAUGGUUGAUUCAUCAGGCGAACCGUUUGAAUGGGGUGCACCGCAACUGGAUAUGCUUAGAAUAUUUCUCAUGGAGGCAUUUACCUGGUCAGAGAAAAAAGCUGAUGAAGUCCUGCUUCCUGUCAUCCAAGAAAUGAACAAGCGAGCGCUUGCUCACUGA